UCACCUUCCGCAUCCUCCGCCGUGGUCAGCUGACAAGGCGCUGUGUCACGUGACUGCUGCUUCCUCCCCUGUAGGAGCAACUGUGCUUAUUUCCUUACUGACUGUCGGAGAAGAGUUUAUCACAGCACUGUCUUACGUUCAAAGGUCCCAGCGGAGUGAAUAGAAGCGCAGAGUUAAAGGAGACUUGAUACUCCUUCAACUUAUUUUCCUUUGAGACUUUUGGCGACGGCUUUUCAAAAUGCAUCUUGCUGUGUUUUUAUUGGCAUCAACGCUCUCUGCAAUCACCUUCGCCCUCGACAAUGGAGAGAUGAGGACCCCUCCUAUGGGCUGGCUGGCGUGGGAACGGUUCCGCUGUGACAUUGACUGCAAAAAUGACCCCAAGAACUGUAUCAGUGAGAAUCUCUUCAUCGACAUGGCCGACAGACUCGCAGAGGACGGCUGGAGAGAACUUGGCUACACCUACGUGAACAUCGAUGACUGCUGGGCCUCUAUGGAGAGGGAUGAGAACGGACGGCUGCAGGCUGACCCGAAAAGGUUCCCAGGAGGCAUCCCCAGACUGUCGCGCUACAUGCACGACAGGGGGCUGAAGCUAGGGAUCUAUGGGGACAUGGGCACACACACCUGUGGGGGCUACCCCGGCACCCCGCUGGACAAGAUUGAGGUUGAUGCUCAGACAUUUGCCGACUGGGAGGUGGACAUGUUAAAAUUUGACGGCUGUUACUCCAACGCCUCGGAACAAGAGAAAGGUUACCCUCUUAUGUCGAAGGCUUUGAAUGCUACGGGCCGUCCCAUUGGCUACUCCUGCAGUUGGCCCGCCUACCAGGGAGGCCUGCCACCCAAGGUAAACUACACCCAGCUGGGUGAGAUAUGCAACCUGUGGCGUAACUAUGGUGACAUCCAGGACUCCUGGGGCAGUGUGCUGAGCAUUGCCGACUGGUUCUUUGAGAACCAGGAUAUCCUGAUACCCGCAGCCGGACCUGGAAGGUGGAACGACCCAGAUAUGCUCGUCGUUGGCGAUUUUGGCCUCAGCAUGGAUCAGUCUCGCUCUCAGAUGGCUCUGUGGGCGAUCAUGGCAGCUCCUCUCUUCAUGUCCAACGACCUGCGCACAAUCAGCAGUGGAGCUCGAAACAUCCUGCAGAACAAAAUGAUCAUCAGCAUCAACCAGGACCCCAUGGGCAUCCAGGGACGACGCAUUGUAAAGGAGAAGAGUCAUAUUGAAGUGUUCUGGCGCUCCCUGUCAAAUGGUGCCAGUGCUUUGGUGUUCUUCAGCCGUCGUACUGACAUGCCCUACCGUUAUCAGACGUCCCUUAGCAAACUCAACUACACCACAGGCAGCUACAAGAUCUAUGAUGUGUACACUGACCAGACAACGAUGCUGAAAGACACCACCAACUUUGUAGUCUCAGUGAACCCAACAGGCGUGGUCAUGUGGUACGUCUCUGCGCCUGCCAAACUUCACGAACGCCAUUUCUAUAAAUCUGGAAAUCUCAUGGAGUCUGUCCACCGUGGUGAUGAAAACACCAUCCCUCGUGUCUUCCUCUGACCGCUCAAUGAUUGAACUUUUUCAUUUAAAAUCAGACCACUGUUUCUGGCUCUUGAUGGAGUGUUGCACAUAAAACGUCUGGUGCUCAAAAGACGUAUUUUCUUUUCAUAAUGAAGUGCCAUUGAGGAAUUGUUAAUCGCGUUAUCGAUUCAAAGUAGGGAAACUGCUGUGAACUCAGGGAUGGACAGGUCUGAUCUGAAAUUCUUGAUAUGAUGAUUCUUCUGAAUUCUGCACAUGCAGCAUACUGGUCAAGUGUCUAAAACAAAACACUUGAUCUCACUGGGAGGAAACAUGCUAAGAGAGCUAUGAUUGAUCGUAAUAUUCAAGUCAGGGUUGCCAACCUGGAACAAAAAGUGCUCUUAUUAAAAGCUGUCUUUUGAAGGAGGCAGGAUUUUCUCAAGUUCUACCAAAAUACACAAGAAAGGAUGAUUUGUUUUUUAUUACUGAAUGAUGUUUACAUUGUGUUUUGAUUAGGUGUGAUUGUAUGAGUUGGUCAACAUCUGGAUGUUGCAUUGCUCAGUAUAAUUCUGUUGAAAAGGCGUUUGUGACAUUCAAAAGUUUUUAUUUGAAAUCUUGUGGAAUAUGUUUUUGUUCUAUGAAAUAAAUCACACAUUUUACUCUUCA